CAUACCCCCUUUUUUUUUCCUUGGCAGUUCUUGCGGGUGACGAAGCAGUACCUCCCUCACGUGGCCCGCCUCUGUUUGAUCAGCACCUUCCUGGAAGACGGGAUCCGCAUGUGGUUCCAGUGGAGCGAACAGCGGGACUACAUCGACGCCACGUGGAACUGCGGCUAUUUCCUGGCCUCCGUCUUCGUCUUUCUCAAUCUCUUCGGGCAGUUAAGUGGCUGCGUCUUAGUGCUGAGUAGAAACUUUGUCCAAUACGCUUGUUUUGGUUUAUUCGGAAUAAUAGCGUUACAGACGAUCGCGUACAGCAUUUUAUGGGAUCUGAAGUUUUUGAUGAGAAAUCUGGCUCUUGGGGGCGGCUUGUUGCUCCUCUUGGCUGAAUCUCGGUCCGAAGGGAAAAGCAUGUUCGCUGGCGUGCCUACGAUGCGGGAAAGCUCCCCGAAGCAGUACAUGCAGCUGGGCGGCCGGGUCCUGCUCGUCCUUAUGUUCAUGACGCUGCUGCAUUUUGACGUUAGCUUCUUUUCGAUCCUCCAGAACAUCGUGGGGACGGCCCUGAUGGUCCUCGUGGCCGUCGGCUUCAAGACCAAACUGGCGGCCUUAACGUUGGUCAUCUGGCUCUUCGCCAUCAACCUCUACUUCAACGCCUUCUGGACCAUCCCGACCUACAAGCCCAUGCACGAUUUCCUGAAAUAUGACUUCUUCCAGACCAUGUCCGUCAUCGGAGGCCUCCUCCUGGUGGUGGCCCUUGGGCCCGGCGGCGUCUCCAUGGACGAGAAGAAAAAAGAGUGGUAGAUCAGGGGAAAAAGGGGGGAGGAGGAGAAAACCCACCACAUCAUUUGGGAGGCUGGGGACUGACUUCCAACAUGGGGUUCACUGCGGGGGGGAGGAGUAAUUAAAAACAAAAAAAUUAAAAAGAGCGGCCACCGUUUUACAGAUGUGCCUAGGUUCGCUUCUUAGAGGCACCUUUCCUUUUUUUCGAUAAUUCAGGUUUUUUUUGGUUGACGCUCGCACUGAUAAGGACAGAAUCUCAUUGUCAUCAAGGAUCGCUUGCCUAAGAAUCACUGUUAAUCCUUUCUCUUUUUUAAGCUCCUAAAAUUGUAAGAAGCCGGCUUGCGAAAACGCUACUGUCCUUCCACGCUGGCCACCUUUCAUUGACCAUGUUUUUUUUAAAAAUGACUACUGUGAUCACAUACCCUCUUUGUAUACUUCCGUUGUGCUGGGUGUGCCAUCUGGAGUCUUGAUUUUGUUCGCCACCUUUGAAUUAACUGGCGCCGUUUUGCGGGCUGAGAACGGAUGAUGCUAGUGACAGAGAGCGCGUGCACGCGGCUUGUACCUUUUUCAGAAAGGGGUUUUAAUAGGUUAAAAAAUAACGCAGCACCAGUAUUAGGACACGGGGAGACAAAACGCUGGUCCCUUGAAAAAGAGGAAGGAGGAAAUGGGUGGAUGUCAUUGUGGAUUAAGGGAGGGGGAAAAAAUCAUAUUGGCACCUUUAUCCUUGUAGCAGAGAUUUAUGUCCCUUCGAUAACUUUUGUGAAAAAUUGUUUAAAACUAUGAACAGCACACCAAGGCUAUGGAGGUGAUUCAAACCCCCUUCCCGAGGCUGGUUUCUUACCUGUGUAUCCUUAAAAUCAGCUGCUGUUUUUCAACACUUACCAACUGGUGUUAAAGAAACCUCAAAUACAUUAGGAAUAGUCUUUGUUGGAUGACGCCAAAGUUCCUUCUUGUUCUGGACAGCCCCUUUCCCCCCACCCCCAAGUUUUUAGAAGACAGAUGCUUUUUUUACUUGUGGAUUGUGUUUAGUUUCCAUGGCGAACAGCCGCAGAUCUGUUUUCAAAAAGUCAGUUCUAUUGACCCUUGCCUCCUUUUAUGGCAGUGGAUCUGAUUAAAUUAAUUAUGGCUUCUGUGAAAGAUUCCCCAUUUAGUCUCUUCCCGACCUGUCGCUAGACUCCCAUCCGCCGGGACGGCCCGAGGUCAGUAAAACACCCAAAUUGUGGGGCGAGCAGUACCUCGAGGCACACGGGUUUUUUUCCUCGCACACAGAAAACACACAUUCUUGUCCCAAAUCUCUUGUCUGGCUUUGUGGUAUUCAACCUUUUAAUUCUCUCUCGUCUACACGGUUCACAAUUCCACAGCGAAGGAUGCUCAUACUGACAAAGCAAGGCCCGGAACAAACCAAAAAAGGUAGGAAAACCGGAAACCUCUGAGCAAAAAAGUCUUUGGCUGACCGAUUCCUUGCUUUAGAGAGGCGGUGGUCUUUCUACGUACGCACAUGGCAGAAAUACAAUAUUGUGAAAUCUGAGCGUGUCUGCUGAGCCCUGGCAAUGCCCUAGAGUAAAGGUUUUUUGAGGCCUGCAAAAUAAUAGGUGCCAGGAGAAGCACCUGCAGGUAGCUACAGCGCGGUAGAAACCGAGGGGGGGGGGGCGGACAGCUACUCUGUGAACUUCUCUCUCUCCUGUAAAUCAUUUCCCUUCACCUACCAUUAAGCAUCUUUUGUAAGUUUUGGAAUACCCUGGAUUUUGCAUCUGGAAUAAAAAAAACAUGGGUAAAUUCA